AUGUCAGACGCCGGUAGAAAAGACUUCUCAGACAAAGUUGGUGAAUCCUUAAAGCCAGACAGUCAAAAGUCCACUUUGGAAAAGGGAAAGGAAACUGUCACUGACAAGGUUGACGACCUUGCCGGUAAAGCUGUUCCAGACAACCAAAAGUCAUUUGGUCAAACCGUUGCCGAUAAUGUUAAACAAGGUUCUGAUGAUGCUAAGGCUGCUGUAAACGACCAACAAGGUCCAACUUUGGCUGAAACUGCUCAAGAAUACGUUGACGAAGCUAAGAAGCAAAUUUCAAAUGCUGCUGAAUACGUUUCUGGCGUUGUUUCCGGUGCCACUGAAGGUGCCAAGACUGGUGGUGAAAGCACUAAGAAGUAA